AUGUUGGACUGGGAUCAGCUCCGCGACGCCAUCCGCGAACUCCCAAAUGUUGCGGUUAAGAUGGUCGAUUACGAUAGUCGUGUUCCCUUCGAGAAACAGCUUUCCAUCACGCACAAUUCUGAUAUCUUCAUCUCAAUCCAUGGCUCCGGGCUGACCCACCUGCUUUUUCUGCCCGACUGGGGCGCCGUUUUUGAGCUGUAUAAUUGUGAUGACGCGAACUGCUACUCCGAUCUUGCGCGUCUUCGGGGAGUAAAAUAUUGGACUUGGCAGAAGGAGAAUCUCCUCUAUCCGGAUGGCCCCGGUCGGCAUCCGACAAAACCAGGAGAAGCUCACAAGAAAUUUGCAAAUUAUUCAUUUGAUCGAGCCGAAUUUUUGAGGAUCGUCAAGCAGAUGACCGACUACGUCCGACGACACCCAAAAUUCGUGGUGGAACAGCGAAAGCUGAGAAGGGCAGCGAAGAGCAAAAAUGAGUUG